ACACCGGCGAAACUGCCACAAAAUGCCGGCUCUCAGUCUGGUAUUUCUGGUCAGCUUGAUGUCCACUGUUUUCGCCAAGCAGUUGGACACACACCCACCCCAACAACAACACAGACACUGGGCACAGAUCUGCAGUGGGAACCCCACCAACAAAAUCCGGGGCUGUGAUAGAUACGGCUGUGGCCAUUUCGGUGCUGACAGGCACAGUGGUAAGGGAAAGCAUGGGGGCGUGGACGUCAUCUGUACCGAUGGAGCAACCGUGUACGCUCCUUUUAGCGGCCAGCUCUCCGGACCCAUUCGAUUCUUUCAUAAUGGAAACGCCAUCGAUGAUGGAGUCCAAAUCACUGGAUCAGGUUACUGUGUAAAGCUCGUCUGUAUUCACCCCAUCCGGUACCACGGCCGAAUCCAGAGAGGGCAACAACUUGGGAGAAUGCUGCCAAUGCAGAAAGUGUUUCCUGGCAUUGUCUCUCACAUCCAUGUUGAGAACUGUGAUCACUCUGAUCCGACUCAUCUACUUACACCUGUUGUUCCACCAUUCUCACAAAAAGACAGACGCUGGGCAACACUGUGCUCUGGGAAUCCAACAAAUGAGAUAAGAGGCUGUGAUAGGUACGGCUGCGGAUACUACGGAGCUCCAAGACACGGCGGUAAAGGAAAGCACAGUGGUGAACAAAAGCACAGUGGUGUGGAUGUCAUUUGUGCUGAUGGAGCAACUGUGUAUGCUCCGUUCUCUGGUGAGCUCUCUGGACCCAUUAAGUUCUUCCACAACGGAAAUGCCAUUGAUGAUGGAGUACAAAUCAGGGGACAAGGAUUCUGUGUAAAACUAGUCUGCAUCCAUCCCAUCAGAUACAACGGUAGAAUUUCUAAGGGACAAGUCCUUGGGAAAAUGUUGCCAAUGCAAAGAGUAUUUCCUGGGAUCACAUCUCAUAUUCAUGUUGAGAACUGCGAUCACUCAGAUCCUACUAGCAAUCUUGAAAGUGGGAAAGGGCGAAGAGAGUGAAAUGGAAAAGUGGUAAAUUCCAAAUAAAUUCAUCUCAGCAU